AGGCGUUAUACUGGUGUAAGUGUAAACAGAUGCUCAGAUAUCAAUGAGAAACUUGAAAGUCUUGAUUCUGGCGUAUCCGACAAUCGCAAUGUCGUCAGCCAAAAUAAAUUUUAACUGAUUGUAAAUAAAAAUAGAUUUUAACUGAUCAUCAACGAUCAAAGUUAUCGAAAUAAGAGCCCGGUGGGCGUUGAGCUCAUGCAGGUCGAACAGUUUUAAACGUUUACGUUGGACUUUUUAAACAUUUGAAUUUUCAGAAAAGUUACAAUUGCUUUCCCUCGGAGCCUGAAGCUCAGCACGAAUGCUGAGUGUCGCGGAGGCCGGUCCUUCCGCCGACAGAAGCGCAGCACAGGGAAGCAGUAUGAUGUAUCUGAACAAGGUCGGAGCGAAGCCCCUCAGGGUAACUGGGCACUAUAUAAACGGGGUGGUGGCGACGAAAGGCGCCAGACAGCCAGUGGCAUGCGAGCAGUGCUCAGUUGAGACCCGGUGACGACAGGAUGGAGAGCGUCCACGCAGCGGCUUUCGCGGUGUCCGCCCGCGAUGAAAAGUUCGGCUGGAUGUUCGACCCCAACGCCCGGGUGCCUGACACUGCACCUGCCGACAUGCUUGAGAUCAUCCCCAAGCACUGGUAUAACUUCGCCCCCGUCAACCCGCUCUGGCACUACAUGCUCGGCAUGGUCUACAUCGUCCUCUUCGUGGUCUCGCUGUUCGGCAACCUCACGGCGCUGUACCUGUUCCUGAAGGACAGGACUCUGCGCACGCCGUCCAACAUGCUGGUCAUCAACCUGACGCUCUCCGACCUGGUCAUGACGCUUACCAACCACACCGCCUUCAUCUACAACGCCUUCAUGGGCGGCGCCUGGCAGCUGGGCCCCCGCGUCUGCGAGGUGUGCGGCUUCCUGGGAGCCGUCAGCGGCCUGGCCAGCAUCUGCUCUCUGGUCGCCAUCAGCUGGGAUCGCUACCGCGUCAUCGUCCAGUCCUUCAACGCCGCGCCGCUCACCGUCGGCAAGGCCCUGGCCAUCAUGAUCUUCGUCUGGGCGUACACCAUGGCCUUCACGCUGCUGCCCUUCUUCGGCAUCGGCGCCUACGUGCCGGAGGGCAUCCUGGACUCGUGCACGUUCGACUACUUCGACACGGGCGUCAUCAACACCGCCUACAUCUGGUUCUGCAUCGUCGGCUUCUACAUCUUCCCCAUCCUGCUCAUCUGCUUCUUCUACUACCACAUCGUCAACGCCGUGUUCCAGCACGAGAAGGCGCUGAAGGAGCAGGCCAAGAAGAUGAACGUCUCGACGCUGCGCAGCAACGCCGACCAGGACAAGCAGUCGGCCGAGAUCCGCAUCGCCAAGGUGGCCCUGGUCAACAUCACCGUGUGGGCGCUCUGCUGGACGCCCUACUGCGUCGUGGUGGCCAUCGGCAUCUCCGGCGACCCCAUGCUGGUGACGCCGCUCGUCUCGGCGCUGCCGGCCCUCUUCGCCAAGGCGGUGAGCACGUACAACCCGCUGGUGUACGCGCUGAGCCACCCGCGCUACCGGGCCGCCCUGCGCAAGCACAUGCCGUGGGUCUGCAUCAGCCCCGACGACGACGGCAAGAGCAAGCCGGCCGCCGCCGACACCACGUCCACAGUCUCAGCCGAGACCGCCAACCAGGAGAAGGCCUGAAAUGCCGACAGACCCCCGAACGACGACUGAUUACCGCUUAUGAUCCACGGAGCUGACUGUCGCGAAGUGCGCUGGUGACGCGGUGUGGCUCCGUCGUGGAGCGCCGCCGCUGUCCCGCCGCUUCGCGUGCCUGUUUGUAUAGUGCCGGGCGCCGGGCUGCGGUCGAAGGAGGGCGCUCAUCUUCUGCCGGCUCCUCCCGCGCCCCGCGUGCGCCCCAUACUGUGUCUGUUCGCCAUUACUUGUGUUCUGGUCAUCACCCUAGCAAUAAACGGAUGCAAGAUCCAACGAAA